AUGUACAGUUGCUUGAUUUUGGCCAUGGGAGCAUUGGCUUCGGCAUCGCUAAUGAAGCGAACGACGUACAGUGGCGUCGCCACGUUUAAUGACUACGCCUCCCAGAGCAAGAACAAUAGCGAUGGGCAGAACCCCGUGUCGGGAUAUACUGGGCCCGCAUGCCCAACCACCACUUGUGGCGAGUGUUUCCAGGUUUGUAACACUGGUGGAUACGGAGGUGCCUCUGUUGGUGGAGUUGGGAAUUGCGUGACGGUCAAUGUUAUUGAUAGCUGCCCUUCUGAAUCCGCAUACAACUUCUGCAAGACCGAUGUCCCCGCCGAUGAGAGAUGCGGAAGCAGUUCCACCAACUCAAUCGAUAUUGAUGUCAGUGCCUAUACCGCACUUACUGGGACUGGCUGGUCGAGUGGCAGCCCCAAUCUCUUGGUCAAUAUCAGCCCGUCUAGCUGCUGA